AUUUCAGAAACAUUAUGUGUUGUAAGGACCAAGGAAUUAAUCGUGUUGCUGCAGGAAGGGCAUGAUUUUGAAAGAAAAAGCAAAUGCGAAGCAAAAUGGUGGAAGCAACUGUCAACGCUGACUCGGAGAUCUUUCGUGAACAUGUCCAGAGAUGUGGGAUACUACUGGAUUAGGAUAACCAUCUAUGUGGCCUUAUCAUUCUGUGUUGGAACAAUCUUCUAUGGAGUUGGAUCGAGUUAUAGAGCCAUUUUUGCUAGAGGAGCAUGUGGUGCUUUUAUCUCAGGUUUCAUGACAUUCAUGUCCAUUGGGGGCUUCCCUUCUUUCAUAGAAGAAAUGAAGGUGUUCAACAAAGAAAGACUGAAUGGGUAUUAUGGCGUUGGAGUCUACAUUCUCUCAAAUUUUCUCUCUUCUUUUCCCUUUGUGACAGUGAUGUCCGUUGCCACAGGGACAAUAACCUAUUACAUGGUUAAGUUUCGUCCAGAGUUUUCUCAUUUUGUGUAUAUCUGUCUGGAUCUCAUCGGGUGCAUUGCUGUUGUGGAGAGCUCCAUGAUGAUUAUAGCUUCACUGGUUCCCAACUUCCUCAUGGGAUUGAUAAUUGGAGCAGGAUAUAUUGGUGUUAUGAUGAUGACUGCUGGUUUUUUCCGUCGGAUCCCUGAUCUUCCCAAAUUCUUCUGGCGUUACCCAAUAUCAUACAUCAAUUAUGCUGCAUGGGGAUUGCAGGGAGCAUAUAAGAAUGACAUGAUAGGGAUGGAGUUCGAACCCUUAGAACCUGGGGGCCCAAAACUGAAAGGAGAAUUCAUCCUGAAAAGCGUGCUUGGAAUGGAAAUUGAUUAUUCAAAGUGGUGGGACUUGGGUGCAGUGAUGAUGAUCCUGAUAGUGUUUAGGGUUCUUUUCUUUUUAAUUCUGAAAUUUAAGGAGAGAGUUGGACCUUUGUUUUAUAGCAUCUACGCCAGGCAAACUCUUCACCGUAUCAAGAAGCGACCUUCGUUCAGGAAAGGACCAUCUUUCCCUUCCAAAAGACACCAGUCACUGCAUCCCUUGUCUUCUCAAGAGGGUCUCAACUCCCCUAUUCGUUAG